UUUUAAGCUGAGAACAUGCUGAAAUCUGAACAUUUAGAAUACCUGUAAAAGUCUCUUGAAAUUGAAAUUUACACUGCGUUAUUUUUAAGCAUUUCAGCAGAGAAAGUCGCGCUCUCUUCGAGUGCGACAAAAGCGUAUCGAUUCGACGAUAGCGAACCAUGGCAUUGUUUUUAUUGUUGUUAUGUAAAUCGUUUACGUGGAUGGCGAGUGCCGCGAUGGGAAACGUAAAAUAAUGGAUGUACCUAGUUUCUUCUUUUCCCCCCUUGUGUUUUUCACGUUCCGGCGCGUUUUCCUCGGUUGCGCAGGUCGGAAAAUGUGCGCAAACUGACCCCGCGUUGUGUGAGGGGGGUUUGAACCGAUGGGGAAGGUUCCGAAGAGAAGGGCUCUUGCGCCGCAAAACCCACCUACCUACCAACAACUUGAGCACGCAACAAAUUUCAGUAGAGACCCGAAUUCUGUGCCGAUCGUCCCAAAACAAAAAUAAUAACAAUAACAACAUAAUAAUAAGAUUAUAGGAAAAUUAGUAUACAGCGUAUUCAGAUUAAUUUUGGCUAUCGUUUCGUGUUUUGAUGUUAGUUACAUAGUUUCGUGCAAUUGUUUAGUGUUACUUCGUUUUUAUUUAUUUAUUUAUUUCUGGUGUAUCAUGAUUAUGUUGUGCAAAGAGGACGUCUUCGGAAGAUUUCCUAUAGAGUAGCCGCAGUGUGUCUCUUAUUUUGUGGUGGUUUCAAUUGUUUUGUGACUGGGCGACGCGAUGUUGGCUGUAUCAGAUCAAACCGGAGUCAGCGCUACGGACGGUGGUGGUGGUGCUAUUCUAGGUGCAUUCGCAGGUAUCUGUGCCCUGAUCGUCGUCUUCCUGCUGUACCUGAACAAGCGUUGGUGGUGGAACACCGUUGGAUCCAUGGGCUGCUGCGACGAGUCAUGUCCACCCGUGUCCACGCGACCGGCACCAUCGCCGACGAUGCUGCCUCCUGCUGCUUCAACGCACCCCAUCAAACCCAAAAUAGUGAAAGAAUAUUCGUUCGAUGGAGGCGACUCGAGCAGUGAAAGCGAAAUGGGUGGUCCGGUUAAGGGAGGACAGCAGGAACAGCUGCAGUCGCAGGCGUCGGGUGCGACAGGGCCAUACUUUCCGCCAAGGCAGAUGCACGAUCUAAUUUCUUUGGUGGAGAAAGGCCGGGUGGGUCUUCUGAGCAGCAACAGCUCCUGCUGCAGCUCGACGACUAGUUCCGUGGGUGAGAGGCACGGAGUCAUGCCUACAACCAAAGUAACUGCGCAAGUGAGCAUGAACAUCACCAGAACUCCCACGAGCACCUUGAGAGAGACCAAGAUCGACAAUCACCAGGAGCAUAUGCUAUACCAGAAGAUGACGGAGGAGGUGCAACCGCCGUCGCAGCCUCAGACCGAGCACACGGAUAUCAACAGCAACAGAGAUUGUAUCGUCGUGAUGAAUACAGAGGGUGACGGCAGCGAACUGGUGUCCUGUGUGGGCUCCGAGCCCGAAGAGCAGACGAUGAGCAAAUGCGGUAACCUGGAGAUUGCCCUCCUCUACGACGCGCCCAUGAGGAAGAUGACCGUGCACGUGCUGCAGGCCCGCGAGAUACCGAGCAGGGAUCGCGGCCAACCCACACACACGCAGGUGCGGUUGUUACUAUUGCCCAGUAAGAAGCAGAAGCACAAGACCAAAAUCAGGUCGGGCGAGAAUCCUCAGUAUAUGGAGAGCUUCCUCUUGCAUCGCGUCAAUCCUGAGGAUGUGAACUCGAUGGGCAUCAGGUUGAGACUGUACGGCUGCGAGCGGAUGCGCCGGGAACGCCUCAUUGGGGAAUCUAUCGUAGGAUUUGCCAACAUCAAUCUAGAGUUGGAGAAUAACUUCUGGCUGAACCUAGAACCCAGGGCCAAUACUGCACUGAGCGGCUGCACCGGUGAAUUGAUGAGUUUGGCGAGGUCAGAUUCUACUGGUUCCACGCACUCCAUGCAGCAUGGAGGCGUUCCGGAACUGCUUUUGGGACUCUGCUACAACGCAACCACUGGAAGGUUAAGCGUUGAGGUCGUAAAAGGCUCACAUUUUAGGAAUUUGGCGUUAAACAGAGCACCAGAUACUUACGUCAAACUGCAUCUGGUCAGUAGCACUGGUCAAGAGUUGGCGCAGAGCAAGACAACCAUCAGACGCGGUCAACCCAACCCUCUCUUCAAAGAAACUUUCGUGUUUCAAGUGGCCCUGUUCCAAUUGGCCGAUGUGACGUUGAUGGUGUCGAUAUACAACCGACGCGGUGUGACGAAGAAGAAGGAAAUGGUCGGAUGGUUCAGUCUGGGAUUGAACUCGAGCGGCGCCGAAGAGUUGGCUCAUUGGAUGGACAUGAAAGAGUUCCAGCAAGAGCAGAUCUCCAGGUGGCACGUCCUGGUGCGGUCAUAGCCUCUGCUGCAUAUCAUCUUCUGAAACCAAAUGCCGAAAACAAAAAAAAAGUAGGAAGGAAAGAAAGAAAAACGAUUGUGAUUUUAAAUUCUCACUUAAUUUAAGUAACAAAAACUCGAUUUGUCUUUACGUAUUUACUUUUAUAUCUUAAAGAUAUCUAAGAUCAUAGUUAUUACGAGCAUCCCAGAUAAUUUUGCGACGAUAUCAAAUGGUUUCAAUGGAAAGACUGAAAAGUGUCGUGCUGAAAAACAUUAUAUAAAAACGUUUCGAAACUCUUCGGUUCACUUGAACUGUCGCAGUUCAAAUUUUGAUUUGAUUGAACUGAAGUGGAGCAGAUUUUUUGAACGUUUGCCUUAUGAUUGCGCUGUGGGGCAGAAAGUAAUAGGAAAAUAUUAUUAUACACACGAAAACGAAAAUAACCGAAAACACUCAACACAAACAAACAAAUGGGCUAGUGACGAAUAUUCCAAAGAUGUAACAGACUUUUUUUUCUUUAAAAACACACACACGAAAUAAAACGACGAUGAAACGCGCGUAUUAUUUUAUACUUUACAUUGGGUGGCAUCAAUUAAUGAAAAGCGGUCGAACCUCCAGCAACAGAUUAUUAUAUUGUGAUAUUUAAAUCGAAUUUGAAGAUUUGGCGGAUGUUAAAAUGGAAGCAAAAACAAAACAAAAAGUCUAAAUCAAAAAAAAAAAAGUUAGUUUGCGUGAAACGGAAUAUUCGAGUGAACACAUUCAAAUAAUAAUAAUAUAUACAUUAUUUAACUUUUUAAAAACAAAUAAAAAGAAAUAGGUACGUCAGUUGAUUAGGAAGAAAAUUUGUAAAAAAAAACAAUACGAAAAAUGAACGUAAUAAAAGAAUUAAGAGUAAAAUAUAUUUUUCAUGAAAGAAUACUUAAAGGGAAGGGUAAGUAGAUUUUUGGAAAGGCCGGUGUUGUUGGAGCGCGGAAUGGGUAUCCCCUUUUCUGUAUUCUUUCGCGAACGGAAUUUGUCUUUAAAUUGUACCAAGCACAAAUUAACUAUAGGCUUUAUUUACCAAAAGGAACAUUUUAAAAAGAAACAAAGAGAGAGUUAAAAAUGAGAAGGUUUAGCUAAGUUUAAAAGACUUGGAAAUACCCGUGGGGAUGGGAUUCGCUUUACAAUUGAAUAUCAAACUUUUUUAUAUAUAUUACUAUUAUUAUUACUCUUACUACUAAUUGUGAAAUGGAUUAAAUGAAUUCAAUUUAUAUGAAAGAGAGAGUGAGUGAGAGAGAAAACUAUUAUAUUAUAUCGACGAGUUUCAAAAAUCGAUCAUAAUAAGACAAAACCCGAAACACUUUUUGCUGGUCUUAUUAAUUUUGUCGAGCGAUUUUUGAAAUCUAUUUCAUUUUCGUCAGAAAGAUAAAUAUAUAAAUAAAUUUAAAAACAAAA